GGGGGACGGCAGCUGUGUGUGGCCCUGGGCCAGGGAAUGAGGUGGCUGCCGGGGUGUGACAGGGAGCCGCGUCUGCCAGCCUGUGAGUGCUUCACGGUCAUAAACAUGGAGCUGAGCUGGAUCACUGAAGACGUGGACGGACCCAGAACGCACACGGGCCAUGGCGACCGGCCCCUAGGCGUCUGUCCGUCCCCUCGAGCCGUUCCCUGGCUGGGCGCCGAAGAGCCCCAGAGAUGGUUUGCAAAGUCUGCGGCUCUGAUGCCUCCAUGGCUCUGCAGAGAUGGGCAGCCACCGUCCAGCCAGCGGUCAGGGCUGGCGUGGCAGUGCCAGCACCGACAGCACGGCAGACUCAGAGCCGCCACCGCCCUCUCUCCCAUGCUCUCAGCACCCCGGGGAGGGCCCCUCACCCUCUGGAGCCCAGAGAUUAGAUGUGAGCAGCUACGUGCAGAAGAGGACAGGAGAUGCCCAGGAAAAGGAAAGGGGGGAGGAGGUGGGCAGGGAGGGAGAAAGGAUGUGGGGGCGCAGGAUGGCGAGGCCCGGAAGAGAAGUGGGUAGGACUGCGAGCAGCCGUCAGGACCAGCGAGCGGCAGCCGCCAUGCAGCUUACUGGAGCCAGCCAUGGGCCGGCAGUGGACGGGACGAUGGCGGACAAGACAAACCCAGGGCCUGGAGUGGAGGGAGACGAGGACCUAUGCAACUAGGAAUGGGGAGAAAGUGACACCAAAGACACUGAAGGCAGCAGUGGCGGGAAGGGAAGACGGGGAGAAGACAGGAGAGAUGGCUGCCCUGCACCCACGGCCCUGGCUCCACGAAGAUCCAGCAGGUUUCCGGUUGGUGCCCUCUACCGUCCGUCAGUGACCCUGCACAGACCUAUUGGCCAAACCAACGUCGCUCUAGAUGACUCUCGGUGAUUGCAGAUCCACAGACCAGCAUGGCUGCCACUGCCGCUGUCAGUCCCAGUGACUACCUGCAGCCUGCUGCCUCCACCACCCAGGACUCCCAGCCAUCGCCCUUAGCCCUGCUUGCUGCAACAUGUAGCAAAAUCGGCCCCCCAGCUGUUGAAGCCGCUGUGACACCUCCUGCUCCCCCACAGCCCACACCACGGAAAUUGGUCCCCAUCAAACCUGCCCCUCUCCCCCUCAGUCCGGGCAAGAAUAGCUUUGGGAUCUUGUCCUCCAAAGGAAAUAUUCUUCAGAUUCAGGGGUCGCAGCUGAGCACCUCCUAUCCUGGAGGGCAGCUGGUGUUUGCUAUCCAGAAUCCCACGGUAAUCAACAAAGGGAGCCGAUCGAAUGCCAGCGUCCAGUACCAGGCAGUCCCUCAGAUUCAGGCGAGCAGUUCCCAGACCAUCCAGGUGCAGCCCAAUCUCACCAACCAGAUCCAGAUCAUCCCUGGCACCAACCAAGCCAUCAUCACUCCCUCACCGUCCAGUCACAAGCCGGUGCCCAUCAAGCCAGCCCCUGUCCAGAAGUCCAGUGGCGCCACCACCCCGGUGCAGAGUGGGGCCAGUAUGGUGAAGCUGACAGGUGGGGGCGGCAACGUGACGCUCACCCUGCCAGUCAACAGCCUUGUGAAUGCCAGUGACACUGGGGCCCCCGCUCAGCUCCUCGCCGAAAGCCCCCCCGCCCCCCUGUCUAAGAUGAACAAGAAAGCCAGGAAGAAGAGCCUUCCCGCCUCCCAGCCGCCCGUGGCGGUGGCUGAGCAGGUGGAGACGGUGCUGAUCGAGACUACCGCAGACAACAUCAUCCAGGCAGGAAACAACCUGCUUAUUGUUCAGAGCCCUAGCGGGGGCCAGCCAGCCAUGGUCCAGCAGGUCCAGGUGGUGCCCCCAAAGGCCGAGCAGCAGCAGGUGGUGCAGAUCCCCCAGCAGGCUCUGCGGGUGGUGCAGGCCGCAUCUGCCACACUCCCCACCGUCCCCCAGAAGCCCUCCCAGAACUUUCAGAUCCAGACGGCUGAGUCGACGCCUACUCAGGUCUACAUCCGCACGCCUUCCGGUGAGGUGCAGACAGUCCUCGUCCAGGACAGCCCCCCAGCAACAGCUGCAGCCACCUCUACCACCGCCUGUAGCAGCCCUGCUUCCCGAACCUCCCAUCUGAGCGGGACCAGCAAAAAGCACUCGGCCGCAAUUCUCCGAAAAGAGCGUCCCCUGCCAAAGAUCGCCCCCGCUGGGAGCAUCAUCAGCUUGAACGCGGCCCAGCUGGCGGCGGCUGCCCAGGCUAUGCAGACCAUCAACAUCAAUGGCGUCCAGGUCCAGGGCGUGCCUGUCACCAUCACCAACACUGGCGGGCAGCAGCAGCUGACGGUGCAGAAUGUUUCUGGGAAUAACCUGACCAUCAGUGGGCUGAGCCCCACCCAGAUCCAGCUGCAGAUGGAGCAGGCCCUGGCUGGAGAGGCCCAGCCGGGGGAGAAGCGGCGCCGCAUGGCCUGCACGUGUCCCAACUGCAAGGACGGGGAGAAGAGGUCUGGAGAGCAGGGCAAGAAGAAGCACGUGUGCCACAUCCCCGACUGCGGCAAGACUUUCCGGAAGACAUCCUUGCUGCGGGCCCACGUGCGCCUGCACACCGGCGAGCGGCCCUUUGUCUGCAACUGGUUCUUCUGCGGAAAGAGGUUCACACGGAGCGAUGAGCUGCAGCGGCACGCCCGCACCCACACAGGGGACAAACGCUUCGAGUGCGCCCAGUGUCAGAAGCGCUUCAUGAGGAGUGACCACCUCACCAAGCAUUACAAGACCCACCUGGUCACAAAGAACUUGUAAGGUCUGCUGAGGCAGGCGCCCCACAGACACGGCCCCACUUGUCCCGCCGGGCCUCUGGCUGAGAGGCACCCCUCGCUGCCCUGGGCCCGCUGCAGCUCCCUCCUGCGACUGUGUGCCCACAGGAAGGGACUCUGCUCCCUGUCCCCUCCUCCUCCCGAAGCCCCUUGGUUCUGCCUUGGCCCUGCCCUACUCACCAUGAGCUCCCGGCCCGCCCAGACCGUGGACACUGGUCGUGCCCAAUGAGACGUUCUGAACCAGGACGCGUGGGAACCCUUAUUUCCAAAGGAAAAACAUGCAUUUCACUCCGUGGAGGAGCAAAGUGAGCCCCGCCCCCGCCCCCAACACUGCCGGAGUCCGUGUGCCAUGCCCCUCUCCCGCACCUCCCCAGCCCUGCUGGCCACUGUGGGUGCCCGGGGCCCUGCACCCAGCACUCCACUGGCACCCACCUCUGGAGAGGCCAGGAGGCCACCAGGACGCCACGUGGCCAGCACCGGCCCAGCACAUUCCAACUUUCUAUUUAAAAAUUGAAGAUGCUGUGGACUCCGCCCUGCCCCCUUUUCUAUGGAGAACGCUGCCUUACGCCCUACUCCAGAUGAUGAACACUGUGUAUCGCGUGUGCUUUAAACAAGUUUCAGUUCAUUGCUCCCUCUUCCUUUCCUGUCACUCACCUCCCCACGCCUGCUUUCAGUUUAGGGUUUUAGGGGGCAAUGACGAGCAUAUGAAAUUUUUUUUUCACUCCAGCCAUCCUCUUUCCUAAGUGACAGAGCAUUUCAACCCAGACCCGAUUCAGGUCCAGACACCCGAGCCCUCCCCAGCCCAAGGCCUCCCUGUGUACAGUGUAUAUUGUAUAAUAGACAAUUGUGUCUACUACAUGUUUAAAAACAUAUUGCUUGUUAUUUUUGAGGCUUUUAAAUUAAACAAAAAUCCAACUUUAUUUUGCGUUGUAACUGCUUGAGGUCUGUUUUAUGAACUAAGUGACAGAUUUGUUGUCCUUUUAUUAACGAUGUACUUUGUUGGUCAGCUCUGGACUGACAAAAAUAUUUUUCUUGCUAAUAAAUUGAGUUGCCUGAGGCAAAGUCUGCA